CUUGCUGCUCAGGAGUUGGGGUGAUGGAGGGAGCAGCCAUGCUCGUGCCGCUCUUGCUGGCUCUCUGCGCGGCCAUGGCGAGCGCCGCAGUCGUGGAGCACAACUUCACUGUGGGCGGCAUGAACAUCUCCCAGCUCUGCAUGGACAGCGUGAUCUACACGGCCAACGAGCAGAUGCCCGGGCCGACCAUCGAGGCCACCGAGGGCGACACGGUGGUCGUCCACGUCGUGAAUGAUUCGCCGUACCCAUUAUCACUCCACUGGCACGGCAUAUUUCAGCUGCUGAGCGGGUGGGCCGACGGGGCUCACAUGAUCACGGAGUGCCCCAUCCAGCCCGCCGGCAACUUCACGUACCGCUUCAACAUCACCGGGCAGGAGGGCACCCUGUGGUGGCACGCCCACUCCUCGCUCCUCCGCGCCACCGUCUACGGCGCGCUCAUCAUAAAGCCCAGGAAUGGCACCGACGGCUACCCUUACGCAGCACCAUACGGCGAAAUUCCAAUCAUACUAGGCGAGUGGUGGAACAAAAACGUGGACGACGUGGAGAAAGACGCGCACCUGACCGGCCUAGGGCCGGAGGUGUCGGACGCGCUCACCAUCAACGGCAAGCCGGGAGACCAGACCCCCUGCAGAGGUGCUGGUAUCUUCGAAGUGGAGGUGGAGUACAACCAGACGUACCUCCUCCGCAUCAUCAACGCCGCAGUCAAUGUCGAGCUCUUCUUCAAGGUGGCCGGCCACAACUUCACCGUGGUCGCCAUCGACGCGAGCUACACCGAGCCGUACGCCACCGACGUCAUCGUCAUCGCGCCGGGCCAGACGGUGGACGCGCUCAUGGCCACCUCGGCGGCGCCGGGCGGCCGGUACUACAUGGCGGCCAACGUGCUCGAGAGCAAGACCGUCCAGAUCCGGUUCAACAACGGCACCGUCACCGGCAUCGUGACGUACACGGGAGCGGCCAACGGCACGGCCCCCUCCAUGCCGGCCAUGCCCGCCCCCACCGACGUGGUCACCGCCGGCAGGUUCUACUGGUCUCUGAGGGGCCUCGUCCGGCCGGUCGACCCGCCGUUGCCAACGACGGUGGACCACAGCAUGCUGGUGGAGUUCGGGGUGGACCAGGCGCCGUGCGCGCCGGACCAGACGAGGUGCGGGGGGUUCGCGCUGGUUGCGUUCAUGAACAGGAACUCGUUCCAGUUCCCGAGGAACGCGUCGCUCCUGCAGGCGUCCUUCGACGGCGUCCCGGGCGUGUACACGGAGGACUUCCCGAGCUCCCCGCCGCCGCUGCCGGGGAUCCGGAAGGCCACGUCGGUGAAGAGGCUCAACUACAGCGACGUGGUGGAGGUGGUGCUGCAGAGUGCAGCGUACAGCAGCGCCCUCGGCACGGAGAACCACCCGAUCCACCUGCACGGCUUCAACUUCUUCGUGCUCGCGCAGGGGCUGGGGCGCUUCGACCCCAACGCCACGUUCAACCUCGUGAACCCGCGCGUGCGCAACACCGUCAUCGUGCCCGGCGGCGGGUGGACCGUCAUACGGUUCGUGGCCAACAAUCCAGGUAUGUGGUUCAUGCACUGUCACUUGGACGCGCACCUGCCGUUGGGGCUGGCAAUGGUGUUCGAGGUGCUCAAUGGUGCGGCCCCGAAUAUCCUUCCUCCGCCUCCCGAGGACUUUCCCAAGUGCUACUGAAGCAACAUCUACACAAUGCUUGACAAGUUCGUCGACAGAGAAGUGAGAUAUUGUAUGGGACACCUGACGUGCCCAUAUGUACCACAAGUAUAAUGUACUACCAGACACGGAUUUAUUUCAUUAUCUUCUUUGCGUUCAUGUUUGAUUUGAUACUUGUUUCCAAGGUGGCUUAGUCAAUUGUUCUAAGCUUUCGGUUCUGAAUAAAGCUACAAAAUUAUGUC